AACAUUAGUCAUGAAUGAUUUUUCUAAAUGUGUGUCACAUUUCUUGAAUGAUGAUAAAGAUGAAUGUGUCACUUUUCAAAUGGACAUUUUAUUUUUGUUCACAGUUCACCGCUCUGUACCUGUGGCAAGGACAGAGGUUUGGGAAGAAGAGCCAAGUUCUGCUAGACUUCGAUGGCAUCGCGCCUAUAUCCCUCGCUAUUAUAGUUCUACACCAAUUAGUUACAGAGUUGAAAUGCAGGAAGCAGGGGAAAUUGACACAGAAUGGAAGUCAGUUGCCACAGAUAUAAGGACAUCAGACUACACAGUGAAGAAUAUUAGUCCCCGCAAGGACUAUAGGUUCAGGAUCCGAGCUCAGACUGAAAAUGGCGACGUCAGUGACCCCACACCACCAAUACAGUUUUAUAGAACCAGGGUACCUCUACUCAAGGACAGUGAGAAUGCCCUGGCAGAAUUUAAGCCUGUGGAAUAUAAGGCAAUUUUCCUCAAACACCCAUACUACGAACAACUUACAAAAUAUGUACCCCCAACAAUGCCUAUCCACAAACCUGACAUGAUCAUUAUAGACCAAGAGACCAUCGAGCUGAGUUGGAGACCGGCCAUAGUUGCCGAGGCCAUCCGAGGACAGUGUAAUCUGACCUACACAAUUGAGGUACGAUGCCCGCCAAGCUUUGAGUGGAGACAGUUGGUAACGGGAUUGAAGGUUUGCAGCCAUACGGUACAGAAGCUUCAUCCCCGUAUAGAUUACAUCUUCAGGGUUCGAGCCUGGAACGAGUACGGUUGUUCAGAUGCUGGCCUACCGGUCUCUCUCUACAGACCAGCAGUGUAUAAAAUAGAGGGUGAAGACUUUGAUGAUGAAGAGUUUGAAAAGGAGUGGGAGAGAAAAUAUGGAACAAAAGAUAUUGAGAAACUCCUACAAGAAGUGCCGCCAAAGUUACCAAUUGACACUCCGCGGAUUAUGACUCAGACCAGUGACUCCAUUUGGUUCACAUGGUUGCCGGCCAGAAUACCGGCGUAUGCCACACAGACCAACAUCAGCUAUGUCGUUGAAAUCAAGGAACCUCCUUCAACAGCUUGGCAACGUGAUGCGGCAGACCUAGUGGACUGCCAGUAUGUAAAAGAGGGUUUGAACCCCAACCAGGAGUACCACAUCAGAGUCCGAGCAGAGACCGAGUUUGGACCAAGUGAUGCAACCAUGCCUAUCAUCAUUAGAGGCAAAGGGUCAAGGUCAGGGUCAAGAAGGUCAAGUGUAGAAAGAGAAGAAAGGGGUUUAGAGGACAAAAUAGAUCUGUCAUAUCUUGACAAUGUGAUGGCAGGAGUGCCACCAAGGAUGGCCUCUUCCAGACCUCUGAGCUCCAGUGUUGGUCCUGACAAACUUACCCUUACCUGGAGUCCCUGCAGAACACCAUCAUAUGUCAAAGCGUCCAGUGUGAUUUACAUCAUUGAGAAGCGCGAGCCUCCAGGGCAUGUCUGGACAGUUCUUGCCAAAGACAUCACAGGACACAAGUUUGAGAUCACUGGUUUGAACCCUGAACAAGAUUACAUGUUUAGAGUCAGGGCGAGGAACGAGUUUGGACUGAGUGACCCCACACUUCCUAUGACACUCUUUAGAGAUAGAGACGACUAUGUACCUCCAAGGAUAAGGAGUCGGUCCGGCUCCAGGGACAGUAUCUCAAUGCUGGUAUCCAAGGUGAUGAGGAGAAGUGCUUCUAUUGAUUACAAUAUCCAACCAAUGGAAGACGACAGAAGCUCGCAGGAAAGAAUACCAUGUCAACCUCAGUAUAUAACAACGACCUUUGACACUCAGUAUGGUGUGCUCGGUAAGAAGGGAAAAAUACAACUCGAGGUUCGAGGCUACCCUCUUCCCACGGUGCAUUGGUACAAAGGCGAGGAGAAAAUUGAAUAUGGUGGUCAGUUUAACGCUUUCGUUACCCCAUCCGAUUCUUUCCCUGAGUCUGAAAUUAACAUCAGAUCAACUCCUAUAGAUGAGCAUUACCAUGUCCUUGAGGAGAUUGGCAGCUUGUCUGAGCCCGAGUUACUGGAGAAAAUCAUUACAGACGGAUCCUGGACAGAGGCUAGGCCCAGCAACAUAAGGAUGACGGGAGCAGACCUAGAUGAUAUCAAGUUGCUUGGUUUCGGACUGUCCCGCGUUCUUCAACCGGAGGAAGAUAUAAUGCAUAACUACGGCAGCGUGGGAUACGCCUCUCCAGAGCAAGUGACCAAUGAAACGCUCAAACCCAACACCGAUAUGUGGUCUGUUGGAGUUCUCUCCUACUUACUACUGUCGGGUAACGGACCAUUCACAGGUAGCAGUGAGAUUGAGAUUCUAAAAUACAUGGCAGAGAGUAGCUGGACAUUUGAGGGGCGGGGUUUCGAAAAAUUCUCCAAGGAAGGACUUGACUUCAUCAGCAAACUGCUUGUUAAAGAUCCAAGUAAGCGUAUGACAAUAGGAGAGUGUAUGAGUCAUCCAUGGUUGUCUACAAAGAGCGACACAAAAAUCAACACGGAACAGCUGAAACAGUUCUAUAAUGCUGAAAAACUUCAGAGACAGACAGAGAAGGUGUUUACAACAGUACAGCUUCAGAGUUUUGCUAAGAUUAUACACGGAGCCAAGGCAUUGUACCAGCCUGCCGUAGAUAUAGAAUCAGGGGAGAUAAUCUUCCCCGACAGUGAUCUUUACGGAGACUAUCUUGAUGAAGAUGCUUGGUAUGAAUGGCAGCUUCAGUACCUUGAUGACCCAGACAGUCAGAUUUUCCCGAUACAAGAUAAGAAGUUUACUGUAAGGGAAUGCCGCCAUGCUGGUGCACCAAAAUAUACAAAACCGAAACAAACCGAGAGGUCGGACAAGGAUAUUUUGGAUACUGGUACUGGGAUUUUGUUCCGGGACAAGAUUCAAGCCACAACAUUCCUUGUUGGUGAAGACGUAACUUUCACAGCUAAAGUCGUGUCAGAGACAGGCGAGAUACCCGUGGUCACAUGGUACAGAGACGAACAGCUUCUGUCCGAUGAUUACAGGGCGGAUGCUUCCUUUAAUCCAGAGACAGGACUUGCUAAAUUAAAGAUAAUUAAAAGUAAGGAUUAUGAUGCGGCAGUGUACAAGUGUGUGGCCAGGAUCAAAGAGGGGCGUGUCUCAUGUGAGGCGAGGUUAUUUCUGGGAGAUGUACCAAGCAAGCCUGGACGCCCAUUGGUAACUCAGACUUCCGGUACAGAGGCCUUCUUGACCUGGACCGGACCAGUAUCAGACGGCAACGCUUAUCUCCUUGGUUACAGAGUGGACUAUAGGAAGGAAGGUGAAAAGAAAUGGACACAGGGUCCAUAUGUUACAGAGGAGUAUGCAUUACUGUCUGGACUGGAACCAGAUUCUACCUACAUAUUUAGAGUGUCUGUGCAUAAUAGAUAUGGAGCCAGUCCAUUUAGCUGGUCGUCAUUGGAAACAAAAACACUUGCAAAAGAUGCACCAAAAGUCUCAGUUGCCAUGGAUCUUCAACCAUUGAUGCAAUUUUCAACAUUUGACAAACAGCAGUUGAUCCUCCCAGCAGAAAGCAGACGGCCAUCUCUCACUGUAGCCGAGGAGCCAAAAAUAAAUGAGAUUGAUCCAAAUGAGAGCUUCACUUUUACAGAUACCAUUUCUAAGGGAAGCUAUGGUGAAUAUAAAUUGUGUACAAGUAAAUCAACAAACCAGCAGUGUGUGGCAAAGAUAGUCCCCUACAAUAAGGACAAGAACGCGAGCAUCACGGCUGAGUUCGAGCUCCUGCGUACCUUGAGCCAAGCCAACGUUGUCAGCGUUCUAGACAGUUACAUAAGUGUCGAUCAGUUUUAUGUGAUUUAUGAACAUCUCUCUGGAAUUAAUAUUGUGCAAUAUUUCUGUCUACACAAAACAUACAAGGAAGAAACAGUUGCUCGCCUCGUGCGACAGGUGCUUGACGCACUUCAAUACCUCGAACAUUUCGGAAUCGUUCACCUCAAUCUUCAGCCAGCAAGCAUGGUGAUGGCGACAAGGAGAAGACCGCACGUAAAAUUACGCGACUUUACGAUGGCUCACAAGGUCGAGGAUGAUAAAGGAGUAAAAGUUCCGCUGGCUGGUUAUCCUGACUUUACACCACCAGAAAUUCUUAAAGGGGAGAAUGUAAACUUCACAGCAGAUUUAUGGACCCUUGGAGCUGUAACUUUCACCUUAAUGAGUGGCAUUUCACCAUUUGGAGGGAAGAAUUUGGAGGAGACUUUGAGUCGUAUUUUGUUUGACAGAUACAGCACGAAGGAAAUGUAUGAUAACGUUACUCCAGAAAGUGUGAAAUUUGUAGUAAAACUUUUAUCUAGACUUCCAAGAAAUCGGCCAACUGUGACUAAAUGUCUCAACUCAACAUGGCUUAAUCUGAAUGAGAGUAUGGUAAAUGCCAGGAAUUCCAGAAUGUUCAAGUCAGAGAAACUGAGGGCCUUCUCUGUGGAUUAUCUGACGAAGAGAUCUGACAUUGACUACAGUCUAGUUGUUGUUGAUAUUGAAAAACUUCCAAAGAUCACAACAGGACCUUUGGUUCAACCAAUUCUUAGUGACAAAAUAACUCAAAGGCUUGAAUCCGAAACAAAAGUAAAGAAAAAACCCAUAAACCUCUCUGAAUCUCUUAAAAAUGAAGUUUCUAAUUUGCCUGAACAACCAUUGCUAGAGAAAUUAGUGCAUAAAAUUGAAAAAGACAACGAAACAAAUGACACUGUAGAGGAAACAGUUGCAGAUAAGAAGAAAAAUGCUGAAACAGAAAAAGACAUUGAUCAAUCUAACACUUCUGAAAUUGAUGUACUUCCAUCAGAAAAGAAUGAUCUGAUUGAUGGGUCUGUACUUGGAAAGGAAGAAACUAAAAUAUCUAUUGAAGUAACGAAAGAAGCACCAGCAAUACAGAAUAUUGAAGAUGAUAAGAAAGACAUGAAGGAAUUAGCUGCAGAGGAGGACAUUGAGUGCAAGAUGACAAAAACAGAGGAAGCAACAGUUAAGGAAUCAGUUGUAACUGAGGAAGCAAAGAAAACAGAAGUAGUCAGUGACCAAGUUGAGGAUUUUGAUGCAAAUAUGUCGCAAGCUGUUCAGAAAACUACGGAUGCAAAAACAGAGAUUGAAGAAAGUAUUGAGCAGAGUUCAGAAAAUAAGGUAGAAAAUGUUGAUACUGAAAAGGAAGAGAAACUCGUUCAGUCAAAUCUUACAGAUGAAUUGCAAGAGACAAGUGCGGACAUUUCUGAAAGCAAGGAAGUCAAAACAUUGAUAAGUGAUGUUGGGGUGUCGGAAGUUAACACAGAAAAGGCUGACAGUGAGAAAAUUGAGCAGGCUAUUGGUAUUGACAGUAAAGAAAGUAAAACUGUUACGGAAGCUUCUCAGAUUGAAAACAAUACAAAGACUGCCGAUCUGAAGAACACUGAAACUAAAGAAGAUGUAAGCAAAACGAAGGAUACAGACAAAGAAGAUAUACAAGUAAAGGAAAGCGACAAAAUACAAGUACAUGAUGACAAAAUACAAACAGAAAAUGAAACUCAAGAAGUUGAUAGUACCUUAUUAGAACAAGCAGAAAUUGUUCAGAAAACUGAAACAGAACAAAAACAGGAAAUCGACGACAGUUUAGCUGGAGAAGAUGAAGCUGCUAAUAAUGUUACAAAGACAGAUGCUGAAAAUGUUGGUAGGGAUCAAAGUACAGAAUUGAAUGAAAAUAUGAAAGACGAAAAAGUGAAAUCUGAAGAAAACAUUGGUAAGCAAGAGGAAAAGAUUGAAGAUAAUCAAGCCCUAGUUGAAUCAAAGGAAAAUUCAAAUAAGAUUAUUGAGGUUAAAAAAGAAGAACCUGAGAAUCAGGUAAUGGAGAAAAUAAUUGAAACGCAAGAAGUACAUGAUCAAGUUCAAAAGGAACAAGAAGAAAUUGUUUCUCAAGUAGACAAUAAAAGCAUAUCUAAAGAUGCCACUGAGACUGCUGCAGCAAUGGAUCAAGCAGAUUCAGUUGAUAAAAGUAAAGCAAUUGAACAAAAAGAAAAUGUUAAGAUAGAAAUUAAAGACACAAUGAUUGAAGCAGAUUUGGAAAAGCAAAGUUUAGAUAAGAACAAAGAGAGUGAAAUUUCUGAAACAGUUCUUAAAGAGCAAGAGAAUGUUGAGAUUGAGCAAAGUAUAAAAAAUAAUGAAAUUGUUGAAGAUAAAAUUGAAAGUGUAAAAGUAGAUAAAAAAGAAUUAAUUUUAAAUAAAACUGAAGAAAUAUGGUCUGAAAAUGAAAUUGCAAAAAGUGAAAGUAAUGAGGAUGUUAUAAGUAAAAUUGCUGAAUCUACUGUAGAAGAAAUCAAGAAAGCCGCUAUGGAAGAACUUUCUUCUGUUUUGAAAGCAUCUGAAAAUUCAAUCCAAACUGAUGCUAAAAUCUCAACAGAAAAAGAGGCAAGCCCAUCUCCUGUUUCAGAAGAAACAAUUUCACCAGAAUUAAAACCUGUCAAAAAGUCUUCAGUUCAAGAUCAAUCAGAUUCAUUAAGCGAGUCAUCAGUUGAUCACAAAGGAACUAUAGCCAGCCAGGAUGAAACAAAGUCAGAAAUCGUUUCUACAGAAGCCUCUGGUUCUGCAACAGAGAAAAAUCUAGAAACAUCUGUUGAUUUAACAGAUGCUAAUUCUGAAACAAAACCUGAAAUAUCAUCUUCAGAAAGUACAGAUGGUAAGACAGUAUCUGAAGAUGCUGCAUUGAAAGCAGAUGUUGACAGUCAAGCAAGCUCUGCAUCUUCUGAACAAACCACAUUAUCUGCUGAAAGCAAGAAAGAAGAAGUAUCAGUUUCAGAAACAAAGCAGACUGUUACUGGUUUGGCGGAAGGGAUAGAGAAACAAACAGAAACAAUUUUUACUGAACAAACAUCUUCUACUGAAAUCGUUUCUAAGUCAAUAAAUGAUAAAACGGAUUCUGAAAUGAAAGUAAUUGGAGAUGGCCGAACCGAAUCCCUAUCUUCGGAACAAAUUUCAUCUGAUGAGAGUAAGUCUGCGUCUUUGACUAAAGCAGCAGUAUCUGAAUCUGAAAUUCAACAGACUGUUGAAAAAGUAAAAAUCCAAACUGAGUCUGUGUCUGCAGAACAGGUAUCAAAUGCUGAAAACAUUUCCAUGUCUGCUAGUAAAGAAACAACAUUUAUUUCGGAAACAAAACAGAUGGACACAGUAGUUGCAGAAACUAAAGAGAAAGAGAACGUAUCCAUAUCAUCAGAACAGCAAUCCUCUAUCAAAACUACUUCUGAAACUAUGUCUGAACAGGCCGCUUCUAGUUCACAAACGAAUCAGACAGGUCUUGUUACGACAGAAGCUGGAAAGAAACAAACUGAAAACAUAUCUUCAGAACAGAUAUCAUCUGUGGAGAGCGAUGGCGUGUCUGUGAUAAAAGAGGCAGUACUUGAGUCUGAAUUACAACAGGCAGAGUCGGUUUUAACAGAAUCUGCGAAGAAACUUACAGUAGCCAUAUCUGCUGAAGGAACAUCAUCUGUUGAAAGCGCAUCUGCGACUGAGACUAUAGAAACAAAAUCUGAAACUACACUUGAAAAUGCAGAAAUAACAGAAUUUGAUGGAAUCACUCCUGAGACUAAAGAAACAAAAUCUGAAACAAACCUUGAAAAUGCAGAAGGAACAAAAUCUGAGGGAAGUUUUUCUGUGACUGAGACUAAAGAAACAAAAUCUGAAACAAAACUUGAAAAUGCAGAAGUAAUAGAGUCUGUCGAGAAAGAGGUAUCAGAAUCUAGAAGCAUUGCAUCAACUAAUGAAAAGGUUUCAAGUACAUCUGCAAUGGAAGAGAUUAUGUCGUCAACAGUUUUUGAGGGUGUCGAUGGCGUAAUCACUAGAACAGUUACAGUUACAAAGAAACAAGAGACUGUGACAAGUGAUGGAAAAGUAGUAAAUGAUUUAGAAGAAGUAUCGACUUUGAAAACCACAACAGAGUCUUGUAACCAGGAGUCAUCUAAUGUAGUUGAAAGCUCGGAGUCUAGUAACGUUUCGAUUACUCAGAAACAAGAAACACUUAUAACAGGCGAAGAAUCUGUAGGAAGUUCAGAAAGCUUAAGCAUGGUUACAACGACAAAAGAAGAGCAUGUUCAGGAGUCUACAAGUGUUGAAAGUUCUAAUACACAGGAAGCAUCUAAGGAACAGAGACAAGAGACCUUAAUUGCUGGAAAUAUUGUAUCAGAUAUGAAAGAGGAUAUAGCAAUGGUUGGGGCUUCUGUUGUAGAAGAAUCUCUUGUUACGUCUGCCGUUUCUAGCAGCCUAGAGAUGGCAAAGGUAACUGAAUCAAGAGAAACGAUAAGAGAAUUCAUAACAAAUGACCUUGAUAUUGAAGAAAUGAAAAAAGAGCUUUUAGAAGAUAUGGAGAUUUCUUCUGCUGACUGUGGAAAGUAUCUGAUGGGUUCACAUGAGGAUUUGUCAGCAAUCAAAGAAAAGGUUGAAAAGAAAGAAGUAAGUUAGCAUCACGUGAUGCUGGUUUAUGCUGCUGGGUGUUUUAACCUGUUCGCCAUCGCUGAAUAUGUUAAUGCGGCCUUUGUUCCUGUAUCUGUAGAUGUAAACAGUGUCCUUUCCAGGGUGAUGUAUUCAUAUCUCCCAUACAAAUGACUUGACCUUUAUAUAAAAUCCGGUUCCCUUGGAUAUGACCUUGUGGUAUUCCCUGUCCAUGGUGUUAAAGUUUUGCAAUGAUGCCUUAUAUGUACCUAUUCUAUUCACAAACUCCAACCAUGUUAAAUGUACCAGUAUUGUAUUUGCUCCUGUACACAGUUUUAUGAAACCUGAGCAGUGUAUGCCUGUCACAUCCUUAGUAUAGCAUCAUACAUUAUUGUACUGUU